AUGUAAAUUAUCUUUAAAUAAUAAAAAAUUAAGAAUAGCUUUUUUACAUCCAUAUUGGUAUUAUAAAAACAGAUAUAUUUUCUUUUUUUUUUAAUAAAAUAAAAAAGUAAUGCAGCAGGUGGUGGUGAAAAAGUACUUUAUUGUAUAAUAAAGUCUAUAUUUAAUUUAAAUUUAUCUAAAGAUUUAUUCGAAAUAGUUAUAUAUUCAUGUGAAUAAGAAUAAGGAAAUAAUAUUCUUUAAAAAGCAAAAGAUAGAUUUAAUUUAGAUUUAUUAUAAUAUUAAGAUUAAAUAAAAUUCAUAAAAGUUCCUUUUAGAUUUCUAUUAGAGCCGUUUAGUUUCGCAACGCUAUUUUUUUAAGUCAUUGGGAUAUUAAUAUACACAUAUAUAUGUCUAUUUAAAUAUCCUCCAGAUAUAUUUUAUGAUACUACUGGGCUUUCUUUUUCUUAUUUUAUAGUAAAAAAAAUGAGUUAUUCAAAAGUAAUAAGUUAUGUACAUUAUCCGUUUAUAAGUUAAGAUAUGAUAAAUGAUGUUUUGAAAAAUAAUUAAAGUUUUAAUAAUAGAGGAAUAUUUGCGAAUUGGAGAAUUUUAAAAAAUUUGAAAAUCAUAUAUUAUAUUAUUUUAGUUAAAUUUUAUAAAAAAAUGGGAUCUUAUGCUGAUUUAAUAUUUACAAAUUCUUCGUGGACAGAUAAUCAUAUAAAAAAAUUAUGGAAAAAUUAAAAAACUAUUAAAUUAUAUCCACCUUGUAAUAUCAAAGAUUUGAUUCUAUUAUAAAAAAAUUAAAAAAAUAUUUAAAUUAUGUCAUUUGCUUAGUUUAGACCAGAAAAAAAUCAUCUUUUAUAAAUUAAUAUUAUAAAUAAAGUUUUUAAAAGAUUUGAUGACUUUUAAAAAAAAAAUAUUAUUUUUAAAAUUGUUGGAUCUACAAGAAAUCAAAAUGAUAUUUAAUUACUUUAAAAUCUUAAAAAUUAAAUUAAAGAUUUUAAUUUGGUUUAAAAUGUUCAUUUUAUUGAAAAUCCAUAAUAUACUUAAGUAAUUUAAUUGCUUUAAGAAAGUACAAUAGGACUCCAUACCAUGAAAGAUGAGCAUUUCGGUAUAUCUGUUGUAGAAAUGAUGGCAGCUGGACUUGUUGUUUUAUCUCAUAAUAGUGCAGGACCUAAAAUGGAUAUUAUUUAAAACAAUAGUUUUGGUUUUUUAUGUGAAAAUGAAGAGGAGUAUAUUGAGAAAUUACUUUAUGUUAUUAACAAUUAAUCAAUAAGAAAUAAUAUUGUUAAAAAUGCUAGAUAAAAAAUAAUGGUUUUUAGUGAUGAAUAAUUUAUUGAAAAAUGCAAGAAUUAUUUUAAAGAUUUUUUAGAAUUAAAAAUCUGA